AUGGAGCCCCCCAUACUCUACCUGAGUGGCACGACAGCCAAGAUAUACGGCAGCUUCGGCACGCUCAUCGCCGAGUGCAUCGUGCGCUCGUUCGACAAACGCGGUGUCCUCGUCACGGGUCAAGGCAAGAGAGAGCUUUGGUGGGACUCCCCGGCUUAUACGCAACGAGUCGGCUGCGACUUGUUAUCUGACCGCAAGUCUGGAGGCAGUGGCACAACCUCUGAUGCGAAGACGCUGCCAGCUGGUAGCCACAACCCACGGGAGGUUCGUUUCGCGGCCUUGUUCCCCCUGGCACCGGCACUGACCACAUCGUUCAUUGCGCACCGCAGGGCUAGCAUAAAACACGGCAGGCACGUCGAACACCGACUGCAAGGGCUCGCUGACUGCACCGAUGACCAGGUCUUCUUCCUGACUUACUGCCUCAUGACGUGUGCCACGAACAACACCGGUGAGACCUGCAAUGUGCCCCUACGACAGAUGCAGAGAUUUGCAAGCGCGUUCCGGUGCAGCCCCGGUUCACCGAUGAACCCAGAGAAGAAGUGCACUUUUUUCUCGUAA